AUGCAGUUGGCCGACAGAUAUUAUUGGUUCGUUUUUUUUUUGAAACUCUAGGAGCACGCUACGAGUUUUUGAGUUUUCCAGCGCCGGGAGAAUCUAGAAAAACCUAUUGGAAUCAUAGAACAUCUUUUAAAUUUGUUCACUGUUUCAACCUUCUUCUUAAAGUGUUCCUCCUUUUCCGCAAAUUGUUCUGAUGGUGUGAUAUCAAGUUGUUGAGUAAUUCUUUAUCACUUUUUUCGCGAAACCGUAAUACUUUCUGGCCAUCCGAGACAGACCGAUAAUAUCCACACACACACACUUUCACUCCGUCCUUUCCCUUUCUUUUCCCCCGAAAUCUCGCAAGUUCUGCAGGCUCGUUCUCGUCGUUCUCUCGCUUCUCCUGCUCACCUCCGCCCACGCAUUUCCGAGCGGCGGGACCGAAGUGCAAACGGAGCCCCAAGGUUCGGAAUUCCACGCGCACCACCAUCAUCACAAGGUUUGUCGUCGAAAAAAAGCGUGGGUGUUUGCUCCGGUUUAUACAAAUUUCUCGCAUUUUCUCUGAUAUCACAAGAUCUGGCCGCCCCCGAAAACUUGAUGACGUGGACCGGGAAAACAAAAGAUAUCGUCGAUUUCGGCUUUCUUCUUCGCGAGAAACUUCCUUUUCGCUUUCUCGAUUCUUCGGAUGCGUUCAAAACGAAACGCCGCGAGUUCCGGGUCAAAAAACGGGGUUUCGGCUUCGAAAAAAGUGGUUUCUAGGCAAUGGAUCGGGCAAAAGUUAGGCCACGAAGGUUUUUGAACGUUUCUGGUCGGUUCGGAACGAGCUGAGGCCAUGAAAAAGUUGAAAAAGUUGACUGAAUCGCAUUUUGCAGCAUCACAUCCGUCACAAGCAUCGUCGUCGAAGUCUGACUUCAGAAGAGGAGACGAAGACGCAGAGGAACAAGCAGAUCAUGCUCACAAAACCCUAUUGGCCGUGGCCUUAA